AUGUUUACUGGUUCUCCCGUUCACUAUGCGUUGGGAAUUAUACUGCUCUGCAGUUCCAUGACCAACGCCGCCGUAGAUAUGGACAACAUCUGCUUAUUACUAAAAAAUGGUGCUCUGAUUGCCAGUGGCGAUUCCUGUUCACAGUAUUAUUCUUGCUCCAAUGGAAACGCUACCGCUCAAAGCUGUGCCAGUGGCACCUAUUUCGAUAAGAAUUCCCAAAGUUGCGUUGGUGUAGCUCCAUCGUAUUGUACCUCUUCUUCUUCUUCGACUCCCUGUAGCGGACAUGCCGUAGGAUCUUUCGUUGCUAAGCCUGAUUCUUGUGAAGGCUAUUAUUACUGCUCAAGCACAGGCGCAGAAGUUGGUAAUUGCCCUAACGGUCUAUAUUUUGACGCGGCAAGCCAAACUUGUAACUAUCCUUCCGACGUUAACUGCCAGACGACUAGUACUGAGGAUACUGAUGCAGACACACCGAUCAAUUUGUGUUCGUAUAUACAAGUAGGAGUUUACUUUGGUAAUGCCUUCAAUUGUUCAGGAUGGUUAAAAUGUACUAGCGACACCAAGUUCGACAAUGGAACUUGUAAAAAUGAUUUGCUUUACAAUACAGCGAAACAGAUGUGCGAUUAUGCUUCAAACGUUGAUUGCUCACAGGUAACUAACGACCCGGAGCUAGAUGUGACAGCAAAUGGUGGUGGUGGCGCAUGCACAACCAAAGGAACCAAAAAAAAGGCUGUCGCAUGUAAUCAAUAUUACCUAUGCGAUGGUACCAAAUACCAACUGACGAAGUGCUCUGGCAGCUUAUACUACGAUACAGAUACUGAAACUUGUGUAAACCGUAUUGAUGCUUAUAAUGAUUGCGAUCGUUGCUUAGGUACCACUGACACGUUUGUAAAUGCAUUCGGAACCGAUUGUCAUAAUUACUUGUACUGCUCUAAUGGUGUCAAAAAGGACUCAGAGCCAUGUCCAAACAGCGGUUACUUCAAUGAAGAGAUGGGCGGUUGCGUAUCAGUAAGCCCAGAUUUUAAAUGCUGUGCAAAUGCUACCGAAACUGACACCGCUACCACUCAAUUUGUAGUUAGUUGGCUCAUUUUGGCAUUGGCCAAUUCUAUAUCCGCCGAAUACAACGUGAACGGCGUGUGUACAGUGGUCACCGAUGGUUUACGGAUUGGCAGUAUCGACUCUUGUCAGCGCUACUACACAUGUAACAAUGGCGUAGCUACGCCUUACGAUUGUCCCAGCGGCAGUAGUUUCAGCAAAGAUGUGCAAGACUGCCUCGCUGAAAGUGAAUUUCAAUGUACUCUUAACCUGAGUAAUCCUUGCACUGGAGCGGAUGGAACUUUUGUACAAAAAUCUGGUACAUGCAAUGGCUGGAUUUACUGCGAAAACGGCAAAGAGGCCGGAAGUGGAAGUUGCGCUAGCAAUUUAAUUUUCAGCGACGGCGCAUGCAAAUUUGGCUCAUGCUCCACUGUUGCCACGGCUCUUACUUCCAACUUUACAACUAUUUGUCAAAUUAUGAAGAACAACAAAUACUUUGGGAGCACAAAACAAUGUGGAAAAUGGCAAGUGUGUAGAAAUAAUAAACUGGUCACAGGCUUUUGUAAAGAUGGAUUGGCAUACGACGUGAAAACAGGUUCAUGUGUGCUUGAAGCCGAUUAUGAAUGUGCCCAAGUUACUGGAAUCACCAUUCAACCUGAUGUAGAAUCUUUCGGCACCUGCACCACAGAAGGCAAUAUAAAAGCUACUAGUAUAUGCAGCGACUAUUUAAAAUGUGAAAACAGUGUGUGGAAGAGUUAUUCGUGCAGUACUAAUUAUUACUACGACAUUACAACGAAAACAUGUGUACUACGUAGCAAUGCUAAAACAGGCGAUUGCGAUCGAUGCCAAUUUUCUAAUAGCGAGUUUGUCAACGCUGUCGACACAACAUGUCGCAAAUAUUUGGUAUGCGAAAAUGGCGUUAAAAAAUCAGUUAACACUUGCGCUGUCGGUUACUACUUUGACGAGACUGCUGAGGCUUGCAUACAAGGCACCGGAACAGACAGCGCGGCAUCGAAUAACGCUUCUCCAGUGGCAGCGCAGCUGUUGAUGUUCUUUUUGGUUGGCCUCACCAGCAGCACUAUAUUGCCCGAUACCGAUGAUAUUUGCCGACUUUUUCCAGAUAAAACAGAAGUUGCCGACCCAUCAUCAUGCAACCAUUACAUCACCUGUAAUAAUUCGGUGUCGGAAUACACGCGCUGCGCUACAUCUACUCCGUACUUCGAUAAUUCCACUAUGAAGUGCACGAAAACAUUGUCUGAUGACCGUCACUGUCAGCUUUCUUGCUUAGAACAUGUGGGCCGAUUUAUAAGUGAUAAAACAACAUGUAAAGGCUAUUACUUUUGCCAGGAUGAGACUACGCCGAUCCACGGAAUAUGUCCAAAUGAUUUGCAUUUUGAUAUCCAGGCUCAGUCUUGUGUCUAUAAAUCAAAAUCCAGCUGUACGCUAAGUUCAUUUGAUAUAUGUUCAGUUGUUAAGACCGAUACCAAAGUAUCUCAUGAAACUGAUUGCCGUAAAUAUUAUCAAUGUACUAAGAGAGUUCUUACUCUUAAAAAUUGCGCAACUGGUCAAUAUUAUAAUUCAACUGCUGGCGCUUGCUAUGAAAAGUGGAAAGUAAAUUGUCCGAAAAUUCCAUUCCCCGAUAACGUUUGUGGAACUGUUAAGACGCCCUUGAAGAACAAAUUCGUAACCGAUGAUGCCACAUGUCGUGGUUACUUCUAUUGUGCUGACAAAGGUUCUGUACCAGAUCCUGCACCUGUUUGGGGCCAAUGCAAAAAUGAUACCUUUUUCGACACCACUACAAGUUCUUGUGCAAACCCAUUGAAUGUAAAAUGUCCUACUGGUGCAGAUCGUUGCGAAGGUCGUUCACUAACGUUUGUGAGUGGCAGCGAAACAGGUUGUCGGCAAUACCUACGAUGUCAAAAUGGCAAAACAGAGGAAGAGAAGAGCUGUGGCAACUACUUUUUCGAUGAAAAUUUGACCGCCUGUAUUUCUACACCAAUUACUUACACAUCUUGUGUUAGAAAGUGAUUAGUAUAAAAU